AUGCAAUUCCCCUCGCCUCCAGCCGCCAGGAGCUCCCCGGCGGCGCAGGCAGCAUUGUCCCCUCAAGCAGCUGCUCCAGCACCUGGGCAGCCUGGACCCUCGUGCCCUGCUCACGGGGCCUCGCGCGGGGGGCGCCCCGGGACUUCCCCUGCGGACCGGGUGGAGGAGGAAGAGGAGGAGGAAGAAGAAGAGAGCUUGGUUCGGGACCCCCAGGAUACUAGGAACACCUGGCUGCGCUGCUGCCACUUCUUUUUAAGGAGGAGAAGAGAGCCAGCCAGAGCCAUGGGGGGCUGCGAAGUCCGGGAAUUUCUUUUGCAAUUUGGUUUCUUCUUGCCCCUGCUAACGGCUUGGACCGGUGACUGCAGUCACAUCUCCAACCAAGUUGUGUUGCUUGAUACAACCACAGUGAUGGGAGAACUAGGAUGGAAAACAUAUCCAUUAAAUGGGUGGGAUGCCAUUACGGAAAUGGAUGAACACAACAGGCCCAUACAUACAUACCAGGUAUGCAACGUCAUGGAACCGAACCAGAACAACUGGCUUCGAACUAACUGGAUCUCUCGUGACGCUGCACAGAAAAUUUAUGUGGAAAUGAAGUUCACACUGAGGGACUGUAACAGUAUCCCAUGGGUCUUGGGAACUUGUAAAGAAACGUUUAAUCUGUACUAUAUAGAAUCCGAUGAAUCCCAUGGGACCAAAUUCAAGCCAAGCCAAUAUAUAAAGAUCGACACAAUUGCUGCUGAUGAAAGUUUUACUCAGAUGGAUCUGGGUGAUCGAAUCCUUAAACUCAACACAGAAAUCCGUGAGGUGGGGCCUAUAGAAAGGAAAGGAUUUUAUUUGGCUUUUCAAGAUAUUGGAGCAUGCAUUGCUCUGGUCUCAGUCCGUGUUUUCUACAAAAAAUGCCCCUUCACUGUGCGGAACUUGGCCAUGUUUCCUGAUACCAUCCCAAGGGUUGACUCUUCCUCUUUGGUUGAAGUGCGGGGUUCAUGUGUGAAGAGUGCUGAGGAACGUGAUACUCCUAAACUCUACUGUGGAGCCGAUGGAGAUUGGCUUGUUCCUCUUGGAAGGUGUAUCUGCAGUACAGGGUAUGAAGAAAUUGAGGGCUCUUGCCACGCUUGCAGACCAGGAUUCUAUAAAGCAUUUGCUGGGAACACAAAAUGUUCCAAAUGCCCUCCACACAGCUCAACCUACGUGGAAGCAACUUCAGUUUGUCACUGUGAAAAAGGUUACUUCCGGGCAGAGAAAGACCCACCUUCUAUGGCAUGUACUAGACCACCUUCAGCUCCUAGAAAUGUGGCUUUUAGCAUCAAUGAAACAGCCCUUAUUUUGGAAUGGAGCCCACCCAGUGACACAGGAGGGAGGAAAGAUCUCACAUACAGUGUAAUCUGUAAGAAAUGUGGCUUAGACACUAGCCAGUGUGAGGACUGCGGUGGAGGACUCCGCUUCAUCCCAAGACACACUGGACUGAUCAACAACUCUGUGGUAGUACUUGACUUUGUGUCUCACGUCAAUUAUACCUUUGAAAUAGAAGCUAUGAAUGGAGUUUCUGAGAUGAGCAUCUCCCCCAAGCCAUUCACAGCUAUUACAGUAACCACAGACCAAGAUGCACCUUCUCUGAUUGGUAUGAUGAGGAAAGACUGGGCAUCCCAGAACAGCCUUGCCCUGUCGUGGCAAGCACCUGCAUUUUCCAAUGGAGCCAUUCUGGACUAUGAGAUCAAGUACUAUGAGAAAGAGCAUGAACAGCUCACCUAUUCCUCCACGAGGUCCAAGGCCCCAAGUGUCAUCAUCACAGGCCUCAAGCCCGCCACCACGUACAUAUUUCAUAUCCGAGUGAGGACCGCGUCAGGAUACAGUGGCUACAGUCAGAAGUUUGAAUUUGAAACAGGAGAUGAAACUUCUGACAUGGCAGCAGAACAAGGGCAGAUCCUGGUCAUUGCCACAGCGGCCGUCGGGGGAUUCACUCUCCUAGUCAUCCUCACUCUGUUCUUCCUCAUCACUGGGAGGUGUCAGUGGUACAUAAAGGCCAAAAUGAAGUCAGAAGAGAAGAGAAGAACGCACUUACAGAAUGGCCACUUGCGCUUCCCAGGAAUUAAAACAUACAUUGAUCCAGACACCUAUGAAGACCCAUCCCUAGCAGUCCACGAAUUUGCAAAAGAGAUUGAUCCUUCAAGAAUUCGUAUUGAGAGAGUGAUUGGAGCAGGUGAAUUUGGAGAAGUCUGCAGUGGGCGUUUGAAGACACCAGGGAAAAGGGAGAUCCCAGUUGCCAUUAAAACAUUGAAAGGUGGCCACAUGGACCGACAAAGAAGAGAUUUUCUAAGAGAAGCGAGCAUCAUGGGACAGUUUGAUCACCCAAACAUCAUUCGCCUAGAAGGUGUUGUCACUAAAAGAUCCUUCCCGGCAAUUGGGGUGGAAGCCUUCUGCCCCAGCUUCCUAAGGGCUGGGUUUUUAAAUGGUAUCCACGCACCACAUCCAGUGACUGCAGGAGGCUCUCUGCCCCCCAGGAUUCCUGCAGGCCGGCCAGUAAUGAUUGUGGUAGAGUAUAUGGAGAAUGGAUCGCUAGACUCCUUUUUGCGGAAGCAUGAUGGCCACUUCACUGUCAUCCAGUUGGUUGGCAUGCUGCGGGGCAUCGCGUCAGGCAUGAAGUACCUUUCUGACAUGGGAUACGUACAUCGUGAUCUAGCAGCUAGGAACAUACUGGUGAACAGCAACUUAGUGUGCAAAGUCUCUGAUUUUGGUCUCUCCCGAGUGCUGGAAGACGACCCAGAAGCAGCGUAUACAACAACGGGAGGGAAAAUCCCUAUACGGUGGACAGCCCCAGAAGCUAUUGCCUACAGAAAAUUCUCCUCAGCUAGUGAUGCGUGGAGCUACGGGAUUGUCAUGUGGGAGGUGAUGUCCUAUGGAGAGAGACCUUAUUGGGAAAUGUCCAACCAAGACGUCAUUUUGUCCAUUGAAGAAGGCUACAGACUUCCUGCUCCGAUGGGCUGCCCACCGUCUCUGCACCAGCUCAUGCUCCACUGCUGGCAGAAGGAAAGAAACCACAGGCCAAAAUUUACUGACAUCGUCAGCUUCCUUGACAAACUGAUCCGCAACCCCAGCGCUCUUCACACACUGGUGGAGGACAUCCUUGUAAUGCCAGAAUCCCCUGGUGAUGUUCCCGAUUACCCACUGUUUGUCACAGUGGGCGACUGGCUGGAUUCUAUAAAGAUGGGCCAGUACAAGAGUAACUUCAUGGCAGCGGGUUUUACAACGUUUGAUCUGAUUUCAAGAAUGAGCAUCGAUGAUAUUAGGCGAAUCGGAGUCAUCCUCAUUGGACAUCAGAGACGAAUAGUCAGCAGCAUACAAACUUUACGUUUACACAUGACGCACAUACAGGAGAAAGGAUUUCAUGUAUGA